AUGGAAUCAAGUCAACCACAACAACAACAACAACAACAACAACAAACUAGAGAAAGGAAAGCAUCGUAUUUACCAUCACUGAAAAAGUUACAUUUACAAAGAAUAGAUGUAUUUUCAAAGGUACCUGAUAACUUGGUACAAGGUGUAAACAAGAAUUUCAAAUCUGUCUUUGAAAAGCAUGACUUUUCUGCAUUCCUUUCAUUUGGUGGUCACCAUCAUCAUGAUAGUAGUAGUAGUGAUGCUCAACAACAUGUAGAUGAUUGUGCUCAGUGUCACGAGUCAGAGGAUGUAUCAUCUAAACGUGGUGUUGAUACUACUACCAAGGUUGGCACACCUAUUCAACCAACGGUAGUACCUACAACUACUACAGAGAUUGGAUCACCUUCGGCCAAGAAAUCUACUGCUAUCCUUACUGCUCUCUUAUCACCAUUGCCAGACUCACCUAUACUCCAACUAAAAUCAACGUUUGAGGUUGUUACAAAGACCAAAACAUUUGCAGCGGUAUCAAACUUGUCGCCAGAAGUACAAACCAUGUACACAUUCCUCUUGAGUCAACUGCUACUCGAACACUCUUUGGAAAAGUGUCAACAAGUUAUUCCAGUAUUAGCAUCGACUUUUGGUAUUGAUGUAGACAGUCACAAUCGUUUGGCAUCGACUGCCAAUGAAAUAGUGUCGCAUUAUCUCACAGAGUUGAGAUUCCGAAAAGACAAGUUUGAACAAGGCAAUGGUGUGCACAAAGAGACAGAGUUUACAUCGUCGGCUGAAUACACGUUGUGGAAAGAGACAACUACCAAACGCAUAUCGGAUCAGUUGGCAGUGGCCUCUAAAGAACCACUCCAUCGCGGUACACUCUCCAUCACUGUUGAUUCGGCCAAGAACCUAAAAAUCAAGGACAAGGCAACCAAGUCAUCAGACCCCUACGUAUGUCUACAUUUAGGUGACGACGAUUACAAAUGUCAUACUAUUGAAACACCUUCGGAUCACUAUAUUAUUGCAUCGGUAUUUGAUCACGAUAUCGUUACAAAGAAUGAUUUCAUCGGGACUGUAAGCAUUGACUUACAAGAUGCUCAAAGACCAAUCCUCCCCAUCACCAACAUCACCAAGGAAUAUCAACUUCAUCCAAAGGAUAAAAAGAGUAUUUUUAAUAUACUUGGUAUCAAACAUCACUCUGACCACAAUAAUAAUGGAGACGCGGCAUCUACAGAAGUUUUAGGUGAUAUUAAAUUAUCCUAUUAUUAUCUAUCACGUGAUUUUAUUAAAUCAGAGGAUAUUUCAUCAUUAUCAACCGAGAUUCUAUCACUUUACAAUGCAGAUCAUCAUCACAAUAUGGCUAUUCUAAUUGGUUACCUAACCAAAAAUGAAACAAUGUCUAUUCCAAAUGAAAUCAAUCAACUUUUAAUUCAAUUUGAAAAUAGAUUUUGUAUUUCUUCAUUUACAAGAUUAACAAUAUUUUUAGAAAUUAUAUUAGAAAACUUUACAUUAAGUUUAGAUACUAUUUCAUCAAUUUAUCAAAUCUUGACUCAAUUAUAUAAUGAUAUUCAUAAUGGUAAAAUGAUUUUAACUAUUGAUAUGAAAACAAAAGUUCAAAGUUUAUUAAAAUCAUCAAAACAAUUAUUUAAAAAGAUGAUUUCAAGAUAUGGAUUAAGUUUCCCAGUUAAUAUUGAUGAAAAGGGAGGUAUUGGUGGUCUUGGUCAAGAGAAUGGUAAAUUAUUACAACUUUCAAUCUCUAUUCUCAAAUUGAUUUGUAAUAUUAAAUUAAAUGUUGUAUCACCAACCAACAAAAGAGCUUCAUCAACUGUUGAAAAUCAAUUAUUUGAAGAAGAAGAAGAAGAAGAAGAAGAAGAAGAAGAAGAAGAAGAAGAAGAAGAAGAAGAAGAAGAUUAUAAAAAAUCAAUAUUGGAUUAUUUUGAUUAUUUCUUUACAUUGAUUAAAGAAAAUUCAUUGGUUAAAAUAGAAACUUCAAAUGAAUUUGAAAAUAUUGUUGGAUUAUUAGAUAUUUAUGAUGCAAUUGAAGUACAAAUUACAAAUGAUGUAGAUAUUUAUUCCCCAUUUUUUGGUAAUGGUAUUGAUUUGGCUACAAAGUCUGUCGUAUCCUAUUAUACAAUGUUGAAAAAGGAAACUGUUUCAAUCAUGUCAAAGGAAAAAGAAGUGAGUAUGGAAACAUUUACACUAUUAAAGAAAAUUCAAAAACUUCAUAAUGGUAUCCUAAGUUCUUAUCAAGAUGAUAUAAAGAAUAUAAAGAUGGAUUUAGAUGUAAUGUUUAUACCAUAUUUAAGAUUAUGGAUUGAACAAGCAAAAUCACAAUUUAAAUCAUGGAUUAAAAGAAGUUUGGAAAAAGAGAAAUGGGUAUCGUUGGAUGCCAAAAACAAAGUACUCCAUUCAUCAAGUGUCAUUGAUUUAUUUUCAAUUUUUGAGAUUGGAAAGAAUCAUUUGGUUGGAUUGCAAUUGGAAAAGGCUGUUGACAAUGUAUUGGUAGAUUAUAUAGGUGUGGUUGAUGAAGUGUAUAAUGACUAUCUCGAUGCUGUAAUGCAAGCUAUUCUCACUGACUUGAAUGAAAUCUUCCACGAAGUUGUCGAUGAACAGAUAUUCACCAAAUUGAUUUCACUUAUUGUCAAGAGUAACAAUAAGACAAUCUCCACUUCUGGUAGUAGUACACCACCAGGUGUCAUUCCAUCGACCAGUUCAAUCAAGACACCAUUAUGUGUAAAAUUGAAUUGUAUCGAGUUUUCGAGACAACUCUUAGACGACCUAUCGACCGAGAUGGAAUCCAAGUUCCCAGACUCUGCCGAUAAGAUUGGCGAUGCUUUGGCACGAUCAUUUAGCAACUCGAGAAAGAAAUACGAGUAUGUCAUUGAUUUGGCUAUUGCCAAGCUGGGUCAAUGGAUCGAAGUGUCAUUUGACAAUAUGCUCACCAAGCUACCACCCAUCUCUAAAAAGUCGGCACCCAAACUCGAAACGAUCAUCACCUAUGACCAAAAGAUACUAGACCAGGCUAUGGAGCCAAUGACCACCUAUCUAACACAUGAACUCAGUACUCUCAGCUCGAAUCUCUACCAAACCACAUUCUCCAAGUUCAUCAAGGGUGUAUGGCUCGCUUUAUGGGUACAACUCGAAAGAAGAAUCUUUCCAAUUGGAGGUAUCCAAAAGGAAGGAGAAGAACUCAUCAACCAAAAAAUAUCACUGUUUCUCGGAAUUUAUGCCUCUAUGGAAGACUUUUUCAAUGCAGAUGGUGAUGGUAUGACAGUAGAGCAACUUCGAUCCACCCAACUCGAAAGUUUGACAUGUACCAUUAAUGUAUUCUAUACACCAACCGCAGAAUUGAUUGAAAUCCAUAAAAAGUUGAUUACAUCCAACCAACAGACCAAUUCUACGACCACCCAACAAAAAAUUGACACUUCAGUUUUAACUGUUAAAUUGGCUUUGGAUGAAAACUCACCAUUUUCAAAAUCAACAGCUACACUUCAAGAAUUACACAUCAUUGCCGCUUUAUCUUCUAGAUUGACAGAUUCAGAUGCCAAAAAGUUUGUUACCAAAACAAAACAUGACUUUAAAAAUAGAAUGAUCAAUGAUAAAUUUAAUAUUUCAUCAUCUGAUACUUUAAUUCUAAAAUGUAAAUGUCAAACUUCAUUUGGAAUUCCAACUGUAAUCUAUUUAAUGAGUAAUAAUAUUUGUUGGUCAUCACAAUUAUCGUAUAAUGAAACAAAGAUUGCACAUCCAUGGUCAAAGAUAUCACAAGUUUUCAAACAAAUCACAAAAGAACACAAGGAAACUAUUCAUAUUGUCAUUGGUGAACAAAACUUUGAUCUUUGGGGCUUCCGUUCAAACAAGGUUGCUUCAUUCUUUUCAACUUUAUUAAAUGUUGCUUCAAAAUUUAAUCAAAAGAUAAAGAAUAAUGUUGAAUUGGAAACCAAACAAGAUGAUACAUUAUCAAUUGACAAGGACCAUGUUUAUUUCUCAACAUUGUACAAAUUGGCAGAAAAUGAUAAGGUCUAUGAAAGUUAUGAUUGUUUAAAGAGAGGUAUUAUUGGUAAAAUUACACUUACUGAUCACUAUUUCUGUUAUCAAAACAAUGUAACAUACUCUACUCAAAAAUAUCUUUGGUCUGAUAUUUUAGAAGUCAAAAAGGAAGAUACAUUCUUUAGCACUGGUGUCAUUAUAACAUUUGAUGCUACCAACAAGAGAAAGGUAUUUAACGGUCUACACAAGAAACGUGAUCAUUUGUAUAACAAUAUCAUCCAUUUGUGGAACAAAUAUAAAUCAAUCCAUUCAAAUAAACUUAAUUUGCAAUAA